UCCGCGCGUCGCAUCUUCGAGUUGAGAGCAAACUACUGCCGGAUAUGAGGAACGUUAUUUUCUUCGCGGUCGUCGUCUCUAUCGCGAGCUAUGCCGAUGGCAGAGUUUAUUAUCUGGAGAAUUUCGACGGUGUGCGAAAUAACGAGGCGAUCUAUCCGAUCGUGGAGCAGCAAGCUUCCCGCGACCUGGACCUGGCCUUCUCCGCAGGAGAUCCGGUCGAGAACGAGAAUGUCGUAUCUCCGACCAGAAAGGUGUACACUCUGAUCGCACCGGAAAAACCGUACAUUGAGUCAAAUAGAGACGCAGAUCGUUCAAUCGCGUACUACAAAUUAACUGAGCCCGCUCCGACCAGAAGAGGCAACUUCGACGAUGUCAUUCUCGUUCCGCAAGGAGCUCGGAAAUUGAUGAAAUUGAAUGGUAACAAUAAGGGCGAAGUGAUCUUGGAGCUUCGCGUUAUUGCUAAUCACGAUAGCACAUGACUCGCGCGUUAAAAUCAAACUUUCGUCGAUUCACCUGGAAGCAAGCCGAUAAGGCUUGAACAAGACAAGUUAUACAGUUGAAUCUCGCAUUGCUUUUAUUACGUUCAAUUUACAACGAUGAGUACUUUCUAUCAAUACAUAUAGAUACAUCGGAAUAUACUAUUAUAAUAUUUACAUUACAUAUCACAUUGUCGAAUUCGGAUCGGAGCAACCCCAGCAAACACAGAUACAUAACUGUAACAUUGCUAUAAUAAAACGGAAUGUAACAAGUAA